AAACACACUCUAGAAGCAGCAUGAGAGACGUCUUGGUAAAGUGUGCACACAUGGAUUGGUUGUCUCUGCUGAAGAUGCUGCUGCUGCUGUUGAUCAAGUCUCUGCUGGUUUCUCCCGACGCUGUGUUGGUGCAUGGAAGUCAAGUCUCAGCAGGGAACCACAAUCUUCAGUGCAUGAGCGACUACUUGUUCACCAUCAACUGCUCCCUGAACAUCCCACCCACAGCAAACACCUCACACAGCAACAGCUCCUACUGGCUCACCGCUGAGAAAAGAAAUCAAAAAAAGCCGUUUGUGUGUCCGUUGAUACAGAACGCAGAGGAUUACUUCUGUUCUAUUGAAAUACCCAAUACAGACAUUGAUUAUGACUACGUAUCAAAUGCCUUUAUGGAAACAGAUACCUAUCAAUUCUCUCUGUGUCACAAACAAAAUGAAGGGGUGGAAAACUGCAAACUUCUGAUGGACAGAUUCAAGCCUUUCAAAAACAUUAAACCAAACUCACCAUGCUGCCUCAACGUGAGCCACCAGUCCGGACAGCACCGCUUUACUUGGGAGAGUACGUACGAGAAGUACAGUGAGGUGACCACUCUGCCUGAAACCCUGAAGUACGAGCUCUACUACUACAAGAGAGGAAAAGAGUUCAGCAUCACAUCUCAUACGAUCAGCGUGGCAAUAACAAAUUACUCUGUGGAUGAUGACAAGUUUCUGCCUGACACAGAGUACUCUGCCAGAGUACGCUCUGGUCCUAAUCAGUACUAUUUCCAGGGUCAGUGGAGCAGCUGGUCCUCUGAGAUUAACUGGAGUACCAAGCCCACUGUGGAUGAUCUCACUUCAAGCACAUUGAAGUCCAGGCUGGCUGUGAUGGUCUUCACCCCCUUAUGUGUGACGGCGCUGCUGGUCUUACUUCUCUGCUACGGUCCUAUUAAAAAGUGGAAGCAAAAUGCCUUCAUCCCAACUCCAGCCCCUUAUUUCCACACCCUGUACCAUGACUGCCAGGGAGACUUCAAGAGCUGGGUGGUUACACAAGAAAACACAGCAGACAUGCUGAAGACAGAGGAAACGCUCCAAAUAGACACACUAACAAAGUGUGCAGAUGUUCAGGACAAGGAGGAGGAAGAGGAAGAGGAAGAGGAGGGUUGGCCUCAGUGUCAGAACCGGUUCAUGGAGGGCAGCACCUACAGCAACGUCUCAGAUCCACGCUGCGAUGUCUCUCUCCUGGGCGUCCCGUAUGCUGUGAGCACCAUGUCUCCUCUUUCAGAUCCAGGGAGUCUGACUUUCAGCUCACCGCCAGGGAGUCCAACUGAGGGGGACUCAGGGUGCUGGCUCAGCAGCCACACAUCCCUGGAGAAGGACCCUCCCUGGUACUGCAAUGAGUACUGCACCCUGAGCGCCUUCCAGCAGAUCAGCCCAGGCCCGGCAAUGAAGCCCGGCACCAACAGGGAAGAGCAGAGCGGGUGCCAUUUCUGAGGCAUAAAGCAUUGUGUUAGCAUGUGUAAUUGGAUAGGUGUCAAGGUACGUCAAAAUAGUAAAGGAGUCUUUGAAAUAUAGCAAUAAUUAAGGUCUUUUUACCUGCUUUUUGUAACAUAACAAUGAGUAAGGUCUUUUACCUGCUUUUUGUAACAUAACAAUGAGUAAGGUCUUUUAGCUGCUUUUUGUAAAGUGUCUCCAGAUAAUACUUGUUAUGAGUUGACACUAUACAAAUAAAGAUUGAUUGAUUGAUAAAGAUAAUGACCAACUCAUCAAUUCAGUGAUUUAAUAUAACUGAAAAUAUCGAUCCUUCAUGUCAACUUUAGGAUAGGUUGACAUUUUUAUAUACUGUAUACGCCAACACAUACACAACGACCUCCAUAAGAACUCGUCUUUCUUGGACUUCACCACAUUACACAGGUUCCAACCGGGAAUUUGAUUUUGAAGUUUGAUAAACAAAGUUGAUUUCAAAAAGCAGUUCUGUUAGAUAAUAACAUUAAUCCAAAGUCUAUUUGUUGAACCAGAUUGUAGGUAGGGGUUUUCUUUGGCUUUCCAUUAUUUUAUUUGUAAAUAGUUUUAAACUCCAUGAGACAUUGUGGACCUUUUCUUUCGAUCCAUUACAUAAGAUCCUAAUAAGACCAAUGUACAGGAUUUGCAGAAGUGGCAAGUUGUGAAUAACUCAAGAGAAGUGAAUACUCAUGCAGUAUGUAUAUUUCUUUACAUUAAAAGUAGAAUAUUUUUUAUGUUGAUGUAUGAAACAUUCUGAUAACAAAUGUUGCAUUAUAUAUUUCUAAAAAUAUUUGUAUUAAAUGGACAUUAUAUUCUGUCUUAAUUGAUUGCAGACCUCUGAAUGCAAACAUAUCUAAAUGAUAGUGUGCUGGGACAGUAACAGAGUUCACAUAUCAACAUGUAAUGCUUCAGAACAAUUGCAACUGCUUACUUCAGAUUUUUUUUUAAACAAAGAACUGAGAUAUAACAUUUGUAAAUGCUUUUUGUAAAAUACUUCUGCAGCAUUAUGAUUUAUUGUUCUGAGUAAAUGAUGUAAAGGA